AAUCGUGCAUACCUCAAUUCUAGCCCUCCGCCGGAAUUCCAGGCCGAUUCAUCAACCCCCUCUCACGAUCAUCAACUUCUACCCUCGUCCCCCUCCCUUUCUUCUUCCUCUCUCCAUCUCUCUCGCUCUUUCCCCGUUACCAAGUUGAUCAACGAAGGAGAAAUCGCCGUCGUAUUUGUAUUCAAGAGAAGGCUCUUUUUGGGCCAAUUAAUGCGUUUCUAAGUAUCCUGCCUUUGCAAUCGCGGGCGUCACCAUGGGAGAAACUUUGAUGUCCGGACCGCUUGAUAAACUCGCUAGACCUGUUGUUGAGGAGGUCUCCUUCAGCGAUGAAAGGCGAGAGAGAAGACCAGACGUUGAAAACUCGGAGGAUGAGAGGAAGACAAUGAUAGGAUCUUUCAAGAAGAAGGCCAUCAAUGCGUCCUCAAAGUUCAGGCAUUCACUGACCAAGAGAAGCAGAAGGAGCAGCAGAGUCCAUUCCAUCUCCAUCGAGGAUGUGCGAGACGCAGAGGAGGCACAGGCUGUUGACGCCUUCCGCCAGAUACUCAUCUUGGAGGAGCUGUUACCCGCAAAGCACGACGAUUAUCACAUGAUGUUGAGAUUUUUGAAGGCAAGGAAGUUCGAUAUCGAAAAGACAAAGCAAAUGUGGGCUGACAUGCUCCAAUGGAGGAAGGAGUUCGGCACAGACACAAUUAUGGAGGAUUUUGACUUCAAAGAAGUCGAUGAAGUUCGUAAAUACUAUCCCCAAGGUCAUCAUGGAGUUGAUAAGGAAGGGAGGCCCGUGUACAUAGAGCAACUAGGAAAAGUUGAUCCUAACAAAUUGAUGCAAGUAACAGACAUGGACCGGUACGUAAAGUACCAUGUACAGGAGUUCGAGAAGACCUUUGCCAUCAAGUUCCCAGCUUGCUCCAUUGCAGCAAAAAGGCACAUUGAUUCAAGCACAACAAUCCUCGAUGUUCAGGGCGUGGGUCUUAAAAAUUUCAACAAGGCAGCAAGGGACCUGAUUACAAGGCUUCAGAAAAUUGAUGGAGAUAACUACCCUGAGACCUUGUGCCGCAUGUUCAUCAUUAAUGCAGGUCCUGGAUUCAGAAUGCUCUGGAACACCAUAAAAUCUUUCCUUGAUCCCAAAACCACUUCUAAGAUCCAUGUUCUUGGAAACAAGUACCAGAGCAAGUUGCUUGAAAUAAUUGAUGCCAGCGAAUUGCCUGACUUUCUGGGAGGGACCUGCACCUGUGCAGAGCAUGGUGGUUGCCUAAAUUCAGACAAAGGCCCAUGGAAAGAUCCUGAUCUCUUAAAGAUUGUUCAAAAUGGAGAAGCCAAGUGUGCCAGAAAAAUUACUGUUUCAGGAAGUGAAGAGAAAACUAUUUCUGAAACUACAAUAGUGUAUCCUAAGGAUAUUGAGACACUUGUUGGAGAGACAUUGUGCAAAGCUGAAAAUUUGCAGACUGCAGGAAAUCCAAGGGACUUUCUUGAUCACCCUCAGCUGUCUCCUGUCCAUGAAGAAGCUCGGCUUGAGAAAGAUAGGUUUCCAAAGGCCUAUGACUGUGAUGAUUGCAUCCCAAUGGUCGACAAGGUUGUGGACACCAACUGGCAGAAAGAAGCACAUGAUCAGAAACUUUCUGCAUUGUCUAAGUCAGCAAGCUCCUUUUCCACCAUGAAUGUCUAUCCGGCUAACGAUGGAAUCAGCAGACAAAUCUUCUCUGGAGUUAUGGCCGUCGUCAUGGGCAUUGCCACUGUCGUUCGUUUUACACGCGGCGUGCCGAAAAAGAUCACCGAAGCAGCACUUGAUUAUGCUGAGCCCACCUUCGGGAUCAACUCAAUGAAGAAGGGUCAGGGACUGCCUUGUGGUUUAUCAUUGCCUCCUGUCUCUGGUGCUGAGUAUGCAUGUAUUGUAAAACGCCUCGGUGAGUUAGAAGAUAGGUUCAGUGCAGUAAGCAAGAAACCUGCAGACUUGGCACCUGAGAAGGAGGAAAUCCUGAAUGCAGCACUAAAGCGUGUUGAUGCCUUGGAAAAUGAGCUAGCCGAAACUAAGAAGGCUCUUCAGGACGCCCUUGCCCACCAAGAGGAGCUAAUUGCAUACUUGGAGAAGAAGAAGAAGAAGAAGAAGUUGAGGAAUCUGUACCUGUGGUGAGCUGUACAUAUUGCUUGUGAGAUGAAUAAGGCAGAAAACUGAAUCAUGUAUGUGAUCCCCUUGUUCCAUGAACAAGGGAGAAGUCUUAGUCAUUUGUCUCCUUGUAACCCAGUCUGUUGUUUUCACCUGCCAUAAUGAGUGUCAAGCUUCAUGAUGUAACCAUUUUACCAGCAACUCAGAUUUGUGGUUCUCUCAUCACGUUUUAAACAUCUGAUUUUUGUAUUC